AGCCCCGCCGGCAGYGGAGGCGGAGCCGGCCCGCCCGUAUUUAUUGUGAGCCCCGCCAGGAGCGGCGCCGUCAGCGCGGGGCGGAAGCGCCCGGCACCUCCUUCCUCCYGCCCGGGUGCAGGCGACGAGGAUGAGCCAAAGAGACACCCUGGUGCAUCUCUUUGCCGGCGGAUGUGGGGGUACUGUUGGUGCAAUUCUGACAUGUCCACUGGAAGUUGUAAAAACACGACUGCAGUCCUCUUCUGUGACUCUCUACAUCUCUGAGGUUCAUCUCAACACUGUGAAUGGUGCUACCGUCAAUCGAGUAACCAGAGUUUCUCCAGGACCUCUUCAUUGUCUGAAGAUGAUCUUGCAAAAUGAAGGCCCUCGUUCUCUGUUCAGAGGGUUGGGUCCUAAUUUAGUAGGUGUUGCUCCUUCCAGAGCUAUAUAUUUUGCUGCUUACUCAAACUGCAAGGAAAAGUUGAACAGUAUUUUCAAUCCAGAUUCUACCCAGGUACACAUGAUUUCAGCUGGAGUGGCAGGCUUUACUGCGAUCACAACAACUAAUCCCAUUUGGUUGGUAAAGACACGGUUACAGCUUGAUGCGAGGAAUCGUGGAGAAAAGCGAAUGAGUGCUUUUGAAUGUGUCCGCAGAGUUUAUCGCUCGGAUGGUUUUAAAGGCUUUUACCGGGGGAUGUCCGCAUCCUAUGCAGGCAUAUCUGAGACUGUUAUUCACUUUGUCAUUUAUGAGAGUAUUAAGAAAAAAUUACUGGAGUAYAAGACUGCUUCUGCCUUGGACAAUGAGGAUGAAUCAGCAAAAGAAGCAUCGGACUUUGUUCGAAUGAUGAUGGCUGCUGCCACUUCCAAAACGUGUGCAACGUCAAUAGCAUAUCCCCAUGAGGUUGUACGAACAAGACUAAGAGAAGAGGGAACAAAAUACAGAUCUUUCUUCCAGACACUCUCUUUGCUUGUGCGAGAGGAGGGGUACGGCGCCCUGUACCGAGGUUUAACCACACACCUGAUCAGACAGAUUCCAAACACGGCUAUCAUGAUGUCCACCUAUGAAGUUGUAGUCUACUUACUUGAUGGAUAGCAGUGUGACAAGGCUUCCUGGAAGAAGGUGAAAGAUGGAAAGACUAGAGUGGACCACUGAAUGUCAAUGCCAAUGUGGUGGGCAAAAGGAACGUUGCAUCAGGAGCAAGUGGCUGUGGACAAAAGAGAAGGUUGAUUGUGGGCAACUCUGAAUAAUUUUGCUGCCUUUAYUGUGUGGUCUCUUGUCAAUGUGACAAAUGGGAACUGCUCCUUAGGGAAUGCCUUCAUACAUCUCUUAAUUCAGAAUUWUUCCUUUCUUUUCAUCUGUUAAUCUAGACAAAGCCAUUGAGUCAUCUUCAGAGACCCGAUGGGUGAGGGAGGGGACAUAAAAUAUGUUCCUGGGCAGUCCUGUUCACUUUUCUUAGUGAUUGCUCUCAACUACAUCAUUUUUGUUCUAUUUUACUGCACAGGAACCUGUUGGAAGAAUGGGCAAGACAGUACUUUUAUAGCUUUCUAUACCUGAAACUUCCUUUUAGUUGCUCUGAAGAUUCAUAAAGAGACUGAGGUAGUAGUCAGUGUGUAAAGUUCUCCAUGUUGCUACCUCAAGAAAAAUAUGGUGCAGGGACCCAGAACAGUUAUUUCUUCACUACRAAAGGUGAUACCUGGUGUAGCUUUUGGUUUGAUUUUGKUUUUUUUUCCCUUGACGUUUGAGCAGUGUUGUAGGUUAGUAAGAGAGGGUCUGAUUGUUCAACUCCUCAGGUUAUCAGUCUGUUAAUGUUUGUGUAUGUGGAUUUCUAGUCCUGCUGCAUCAUCCUUUUUCUGUUCUGGAACUUAAGUAAUAGAGACCUAUGAAACAUUGUCCUAUAUCAUCAGUUUUCCUUGCCAACCUGUUCAGAUCACUCAAGCAGCUAAGGAAGAAGUUGCUGAAUGCUACUUUAUAGCCUUUUUAGGGAUUUGUAAUGUGAUGAGAAAUCUCAAUUAGUCAGCCUCCCACUUGUGAAGACAGGAUUCGCACAGAUAGUUUCAUGCUGCCUAAGCACAAGCUGUAUUACCCUUAAAUGUCUGGCAAAUCCUGCCUCGGAUUACCAGUAUUUAUAUGGGAGUACUGGGGGACAGCACAUAUCACUGUGGCUAGGGUGACCAGAAAGCAGAGACCAAUUGAAGUUGUGAUAGAUCUUGUCAGUGCAGACAGCCUCUGAGGAUGGAGGAAUUGUAAUUGAGAUUUUCUUGAAAGCAUUCCCCUUGAUGAUAAUUGCUGUAUCACUUCUGUCAGCUUGAGCCUGUGUACUGAACUGCACCUGACAGUAUAACCUUGUCCUCCACAUUGUCUGAUUAUUCAGGCAUUGUUUUUGUUCCGUAAGCCAAUUGCAAAAUAAUGCCUUGCAUUCAGCAGUGAGGCUUAGCUGGUUUAUUCUGUCAUAAUUUACAGAGUUUUCCAAAAUCAUACAACUGGAGUGUCAAGCAGUUAAUGUUACAGGAAGUUUUACAGCUUUCCAGACAGGUGUCUUCUCAGUCUGCAUCCAUCACCYUUAUGAGGAAGAUAAUCAUUGUAAAUUGGGGUCAAUAGCUUUCUCCAUAUAAAUGCUGCUACACUGGCAUGGACAGAACUGUGCUCUCAGCUCUUCCAGUGUGGUACUUCAGUACACUUGAACUGUGCAUCAUGUGCAAUGGCUUUAUUUUAUUAAUGACUUCUUAAUGCACUUUGUGGCCUUCUUAGGGCUUACAACUUUUCUUCCUCUUACUGAUUAUCUGGAAUCAAGCUGUGUGUGAAACAUGCAGAUUGGUUUUAAACAAAGCAUGUGGUUUGAUUUCUGUGGAAGCUGUGCAGGAGUUUAUGCUGUAAAUCCAUAGCAUCUCUGUGGCAGUGGUUCUGUAGGCUCUAUGUAAAACCUCAAAACUUGCAGAACAAUCAGCCUGGGUUUUUCUCAUUUACUUUCCUUUAUUUUGACCCUUGUCAUGCUCUCCACGCAGUGUCAAAGUAUUUGAGUAUUUAAUGUAAUUCUCUGUAUGAAUUUCUGAUCCUCUAAAAGCCACCCAUAGUAAGUAAAGUGACCUUGCAGUGCUGCAUUGAUUUCCCUGCUCAGAAAAUGUUCCCUUUUUAAAGACAGAGCAUGGUCUGAGGUGUGACCAUGGUGAACUUGAUUGUCUUAAGAAGUGAAAGGGGUGCUUAAAUGUAUUUUAAAGUGGGCUUUUUCUAGUAGUCUCUCUAGGAAAAGAGAAGAGUAUUUAUGACUGACCUAAGCCUUGAUAUGAUGCUUUUGUUUAGAUAAAUAAAUGGAGGAACAGUGACUUACUGUCAUUUUCAUGGUGUAGAAUGUGGGUCACUCUUCAGGUUAUCCAGAUUACUCAAUCAUAGCCAAAACUUAAAUUGGCCAAGACCAUACUCAGCUUUGGAGUUUCGUGAAUCCAGUGGACACUUGGAGUAGCCUAGGCUUCAUGAGAGUUACUGCCCUCUGUUUGGGUACAUUGUCCCUUGGUUCUGUGUUUGUCUCCCRUUCCUGGGUAUUGCCUGGAAUCCCCUGGGUACUGUGUGUGUGCCUUCUCUGGGUGAGAGCAGAGCCCCUGGAGUUGAUAAGUAGGACAUGUUAACAAGGACAGUUAAAUAUGGGAGACAACAGCUAAAAGCAGACAAUCAGCUUAUURUUCCACCUCCUUAAUGGGUGUUCCAGCAUUGUUUUAAACUUCAGGGUGAUCGUUUUGGCUUCCUUUAUAUUACCAAACAUAACCCCAAAAUUUCUUGGGAUUUUUUGUUAUUUUUAAAAUAUAAGUACCUGCAAAAUUACCUCUGAUAUCUUUCCCAAAGACCUUUAAAUUAUUUAUAUAGUUUUCUUGGUAUUUAUUAUAAAAACUCAAAGGGAAUAACAAGAUAUUUCAUUCGAUAAUAUCUUUAACUACAGAGCUGAAAGCAGUGCAUUAAAACUUCCAUUAGCUUGGUCAUCUUGGUUUGUAUCUGGAUGUCAUGUUUUUAUCACAGUUGUCUGUGCUAGAAGGAAAGGGUGUGUGAAGAACUGUCAGUAAUUAGUUCAUUAAUGAAUUGGUGGCUGAUUUCCCCCGCUGAGGUCAGCCCCGAGCGCUGGUGCCCGGUGGGKUUGGUUGGCAGCUGCCGUUCCCCAGCGCGGCCGCCAGGUGGCGGCGCAGCACGCGAGUCAGGGCCGGGCAAAGCCRUGGCAAACUGAACGGCGGGAACGCAGCUCCUGAGCCCCUCCAGCCCUGGAGUGCUGUGCGGAGGGUGAUUCUGCCUGUCUGUCCCGAUUGCUGCUCUGCCCGGCUGCGAGUGGGUUUACACUUUGUGAUUAUAACUGAGACAUCACCUGUCCACUUAGCCAUUAACACUGCCCCCAUCUCUGUUUACAUAACGCACUCCGCAUCUUCUCUUGCUGAUUGAGAUGUUAAUGACAGCGGAUUGUUUGUUUGUUAAUGACAGUUUCUGCUAUUCUGUUUUUUUUCUUACGACAUCUGUAACAUUCCUCAGACUGUAGCAUUGUCCAAGAAUGCUUCCAGARACAAAAGAGUGGAGAGCCUUUAUAAAUGUUGCUUCCUGUUUAAACUGUUCAAAUUUGGAAAACAAGCUGAAUGCUGAAGUGUGCCUAGGUAAAUGUACUACUUUUUUCAACUUUGUCUGUUAAGACUGAGUUAUGUUUUCAGUUCUUCUAUUUAAGAGUCUGCCUACCCUGCAUAUGUGAACAUAACUAUGCCCUCAGAGUCAUAGCUAAACACUCACAGAUGACAGWUUGAGAAUACUUCAGUACUCAUGUGAGGUUUGCUAUUAUUCUUGCAUACAUGUAGUUGGCUGUAAACUAUGUGCAUUUACUCUGUAUUUGUAUAGUUAACUUUUUGUUUGGAUUGCUUUAAACUUCAAAGCAAAUUAAAAUUAUGUGCUUCUA